CUUCCCUAAUCAGUUUAUUAGCUCUCUCUCUCUCUCUCUCAUAAUUUUAAAAACAAUCCCCUCCCCUUAGUAUUCCUCAUCUUCUUUAUUAUAUAUAUAUAUAUAGUUGAAUCCAUCCUUACAUUCUCUUAGAGAUCAUAAUGGCCACUCUAAACAAGCAAAUGAAAGGAUUCAAAUCCUUCUACAAGUCUCGGGACGGAGGAGGUCGUAAUGUAUCGUCACGCGAGCCUGUUUCUACGAGUUCAGUGGAUAAGACAUCAAUUUAUAAGUAUAACUGGUUGGGUAGAAAAUCCAAGAAAGCAACUGAUCAACACAGCGGUGGCGGUGGUGCCGGGGGCAUCGGAGAGGAGAUAAUGGGAGGAAGAAAAGUGGUGGUUGAAGGUAGGAAAUCAGUUUCUCAUGUGGAAACAAAUUUGGGAUCAGUAGCCUCCUUUCUUCAAGUGAAGGUAUUGGUGUCAGAUAUGCCUGAAAUUAUGCAAAUUCAAGCUUUUAGAACUGCAAGGAGAAGUUAUGAUAGUUUGGAGAAGUUUAGCUCAAAACAUAUGGCUUACAAUAUUAAAAAGGAAUUUGAUAAAGUAUAUGGGCCAGCUUGGCAUUGUAUUGUGGGGUCAAGUUUUGGGUCAUUUGUGACCCACUCAACAGGUUGUUUCCUUUAUUUUUCAAUGGAGAAAUUGUACAUUUUGUUGUUUAGAACUAAGAUUCAGAAAGCUAUUGAAUGAGUUUUUGGUUCACAGAAAAUGAUGAAUCUAUGUAAAGCCAUUUUAUCAUUAUACAAAACCAAUUUAUUGUUUGCUCUC